UACUAGACAUGCUCGACAUAUUUGGGGGAGCGGCGAAACAAAGAUCCACGUAAAAGUGCUUGGCAUUUACGUACAAUAAACCGAUAUAGGAAUACCAAGUGCAGUGUACGACUUUAUUCCGGGCACCAAUCACAGAGAAGUCCUGCUAUUGCCUACAAGAACACUGAGGUCCUUCAAAUGUAUCUUGGCUGCCGGUUUUGUCAGUUACCUCGUGUGUCCAGCAUUUUCGUAAUGACAACUUCAUCAGGAUGAAGAGGUACAAAUUUCUGCGUAUUUCCACGCAAGAACCCCAUCAUGCACAUCUAUUCUCCGUCUUUGCUCUACUAUUGAAUUUCCGAAUAACUUGAAGUUACGCCUUUCAUGUUGCCAAAAUGACAGAAAAGACUCCAAACUCCGAAGAUACCUCUUUACCCCAUGUCUCUGGACAGUCCAACAAACCACUCUCUCAACCGCCGCAUUCCUUGCCUUAUAGCGAGGUUAUUGUAGAGCUUUCUUCGGACUUGGAAAAAGGUCUGACAGUUUCUGAUGCUGCCAACAGACUGCAAGAGUACGGCAGCAAUGAGUUGAAUCAGACAAAGGGUGUACAACCCCUGAAGAUCUUAUUCGAGCAGAUAUGCAACGCGAUGACCAUUGUCCUUUUGAUGGCACUGGCUGCCAGUUUUGGUAUCCAGGCUUGGAUUGAGGGCGGCAUCUUGGGGGGCAUCAUUCUGCUGAAUAUUGUGAUUGGCUUUGUACAGACUCUUCAAGCUGAGAACACCAUUAACAGUUUGAAAACUCUUGGAAGUCCCACGGCAACAGUUGUUAGAGAUGGAAAGGCAUUCACUGUUCAGACACGGGAAAUUGUACCUGGCGAUAUCAUUGAGCUUAAAACGGGAGACUCAGUGCCCGCCGAUAUUCGACUCAUUGAAGCAGUCAAUCUGAAGUCAGACGAGGCAAUGCUUACGGGCGAAUCCGUUCCCGUUCUGAAGAGUCCUGAUUCGACGUUCAAGCCCCACGAGGGGCCUGGCGAUCGACUCAAUGUCGUGUAUAGCUCUACAACCAUUGUCGAAGGCCGCGGUCGCGGAGUCGCCUUUGCGACAGGAAUGUGCACCGAGAUCGGCCUGAUCGCCAGCGCCUUGAACGAUACUGGCCGCAAGAGAGGUCCAUGGUACAUUUCCAUAGGAAACUGGGUCACUGAUUUUCUCGGUCUGACUGUCGGCACGCCACUACAAAGGAAAUUGUCUCAGCUGUUCUUGUUUCUCUUUGGAUUCGCUAUUAUUUGCGCCAUUAUCAUUCUCGGGGCAAACAAGUUCGAUUCUCGUAAGGAUAUAGUGAUCUAUGCUGUCGCAACAGCCGUCGGUACGAUCCCGGUGAGUUUGUUGCUCGUGCUCACCGUCACCAUGGCCGCAGGCACAAAGAAGAUGUUGCAUAGGAAUGUUAUGGUCCGGAAUUUGUCAAGCCUUGAGGCUUUGGGUGGAGUUACUAAUAUCUGUUCUGAUAAGACGGGAACCAUCACCCAGGGGCGCAUGGUAGUCCGGAAAGCCUGGCUUCCAGGUGUAGGGACAUACUCUGUCGAGUCAAGCGGAGAUGUGUACAACCCGCACAGUGGUGAAGUCAGCUUUUCUCCGCAACAUUCUGAAGAAUCUACGUCUAAACCUGUCACACCCGUGGAUGAAGUGUCAGUACAACCAGCGCUAGAAUGGUACCUCAACGUCGCUUCUUUGGACAAUCUCGCCAUACUCGAACAGAGCGAUGCUGCCUCUUCAGAGCCAGGGAAAUGGGUCGCUCGAGGUGCGCCUACAGAAAUCGCCAUUGAGGUUUUUGCCGGUCGUUUCGGAUGGAAUCGCAUCCAGCUCACCAAGGGCGAGCAAAAGAAGUGGGACAUUGUCGCUGAGUUCCCCUUUGACUCAGACGUCAAGAAGAUGUCCGUCAUUGCCAGGAACAUUUCGUCCGGAGAAACACAUGCUUUGACCAAAGGAGCAGUUGAACGGGUGCUUGACAGCUGCCACCUCAUGGCGAAUGAACGUAAUGAGACCAAACCCGUGACUGAGAACGACCACCGCGACAUCCACGACAGAAUGGAAGCUCUUGCGACACAGGGUCUUCGUGUCCUUGCAAUCGCCAGUAAACCGUACACCGCUGAUACCACAGACGUCGAAUUGAUCUCUCGAGAAUCCGUCGAGUCUCGACUCAUUUUCCGCGGCCUGAUUGGAAUCUAUGAUCCCCCUCGCCCAGAGUCCCGCGACAGUGUUCUCCAGUGCCAACGCGCCGGCGUCGCAGUGCACAUGUUGACGGGCGACCACCCGCAAACUGCCCGUGCCAUCGCGACCGAGGUGUGUAUUCUUCCAUCGCCAGAAGCCAUGGCCAUGCUCCCCGCCGACGUCGCCUCGACCAUGGUCCUACCCGCACACGAAUUCGACGCCCUUUCAGACGCCCAACUCGAUGCCCUACCCCAGCUCCCCCUCGUGGUAGCCCGCUGCUCCCCGACCACCAAAGUCCGCAUGAUCUCCGCGCUCCAUCGUCGCGGCCGCUACGUCGCCAUGACAGGCGACGGCGUCAACGACAGCCCGAGCCUCAAGCGCGCAGACAUCGGCAUCGCCAUGGGCACGGGCUCGGAUGUCGCAAAGGAAUCCAGCGACAUCGUGCUCACAGACGACAACUUCGCCUCCAUCCUCAACGCCAUCGAAGAAGGCCGCCGCAUCUUCGACAACAUCCAAAAAUUCAUCCUGCACGUCCUCGCCGCGAACCUUGGCUUCGUCCUCGCCCUCCUCACCGGUCUCGCCUUCAAAGACACCAGCGGCGUCUCCAUCUUCCAACUCAGUCCGGUCGAAAUAAUCUGGAUCCUUAUGGCAACCGGCACAUUCUGCGAAACCGGGCUCGGCUUCGAAGCCGCGGUCCCUAACAUCCUCACCCGCCCCCCGCAACCCCUAUCCCACGGCGUCUUUACCCCCGAACUCCUCCUAGACACCCUCGUCUACGGCAUCAUCCAAGCAUCCUGCAUCAUCACCUCCUUUACCAUCGUCGUCUACGGCUUCAACGCCGGCGACCUCGGCACAGAUUGUAACACCGCCUACUCACCGGCUUGCGACGCUGUGUUCCGCGCCCGCGGCACGUGCUACGCUGUCACGUCGUGGGUGUUCGUGUUCUUCGCGUGGGAGCUCGUCGACAUGCGGCGUUCGUUCUUCGUUAUGCCGGAUGGGUUCCCCGCGUGGUGGAAGCAUCUGUGGGGAAAUAGGGUACUGUUUUGGUCGGUGGUCGGGGUGGUGGGGAUGACGUUUCCGACGUUGUAUAUUCCAGUGUUGAACACGAGGGUUUUCAUGCAUUUGGGGUUGGGGUGGGAGUGGGCGGUUGUGAUAGGGGAGGUCGGGGGGUUUGUUGCGGCGACGGAGUUGUGGAAGGGGGGGAAGAGGGCGUGGUUUAGGAGGAAGGAGGGUGUGAGCAGACGUUUAGUUGGUGGUGUGUAG